CAGUUGUGUAAGAAUAGAAGCCCGGAGAAGGUUCGCUCUACGAUCUCUUCUCUUCUUUCUACGCAAACAACAGACAGCCAUAAAGUUUUCUCACACGAACAACGUCUUUUUCAGACGCUCUUCAACAACCUUUCUUUGAUAAUUUAUUAUCUUCAAAAAAUCGACAGACAACUGAUCCUGUGGCUGAGGGACACUGUUGAGUAAACAAAGACCAUGGCUCAGGAAGUCAGCUCCCACUCUGAGAUGGCCAAGGCUCGACAGAGUGAUGGCAUUAACGUGAUUUUUGACCAAAGGAGCCCUGGGUCCUCCAGAUGUAAAUCUCGAUCCUCGUCUGGCUCCAGGAGCAGCAGUUGCAGCAGCCGUGCUUCUCGUUCUCGAGGGCGUGGUGCCCACAGAGGGCGCUACAGGUCUUCAUCGUCUUCCUCUUCAUCAUCAUCAUCAUCAUCCUCAUCCUCUUCCUCCAGCAGCAGGUCUACAUCACGUAGCAGCCGGUCCCGCUCACACCCCCGCUGCCACAGACACUCAUCCCGUUGCCGCUGCAGAGACCACCACCGAUACAGGAGGCGGCAAUGCUGUUCCCCCCCACGACGCUACAGGGCCCAUUCUCGCUCCUACAGCCGCUCUCCCUCUGUGGACCGCUACUAUCACAGAAGGCGCUACCGCUCCCGAUCCAGGUCCACCAGUUACAGUACGAGUAGGUACAACUACAGCAGAGCGGGUAGAUACAGAUGCCAAUUCUCCCGAUCCCCUCCAAGAUCCUUAAGACACCGCUCAAGAUCCAGGUCUCCAGAACGCUCGGUUGUUCUGAGCUUAGAAGAGAAGCGACAACUUCUGGAAGCUGCAAGAGAAAAUGCCAUGAAGAUUCUUGGAGUGCAGAGACUGGAACUCCCCGAAAGUGUUAAGCCAAUCCUGACUGCUCCUCCUGACAGUGGUGUGGCAGGACAAGAAACACGGGUUAGGCGAGAUUCAGAAAAUUCAGUCUCACAGAUGACAUGAAAGUGGUCUCCUCCACUCUUCGGCACCUGGAAUUAAUGGGCUGUCAUUGACUUGGGUGACGACAUAUGUGUUUGCGUAAAAGGUUGCAUCUUGAAGUAUUCAUUGCGUAGUGAAAACAAAACAUUGCACAUUUGUCCAUACUAAAAAUGCACUCACACAUAAGUUAAUGUACAUAUUGAUACACAUAGGAAGCAAUUGUUUUGACAAAUGUAUUGUUGAUGAUUAUUGUUAGCAGAAUCCUCCACUCGCUGAAGGAGCAAAGGCGUGUGGACUACAUUGUAGUCCUGUCAAGAGUCCUUAAAGGACAUGAAGAUCUCCUGUCUUUUAUGCCAAGAUAAGUUUGUUCAAAGACAUGUGCUGAGGGUUGGGAGAAACUCCCAGUCAUUGUUACUUCUAGUAGAAGUGCGCAUGAAAUGUGGGGGGAAAAAAUGACCUAAUCAAGCUACUUGACCUAAGUGUUGUGCAUCUUCAUAAUUUCUAAUUUG